GCUGUGGCCUGCAUGAUAUUCCAAAAGAGAGUCUCAAUCGUCCCUAGUACCUACCUCGCCCGCUCAGUGCCGCCCGCACCUGCCAAAAACUAUUAAACUAUUUUAGUCUACUACCCUCGCUACUCUUCCUCGCUCUCUCCCUCUUCCAUAUCUUACAUGGUGCAUAUGUUUUGUUACCCUUCAUCUCACUCUUCUUCCACCAAAACAACAUUCAUCUGUUUGACAUUACUUUUUUUGAUCAUCACUACACGUCAGACUUGCAUUUUUGACUAAUCAUUCAUCCCAAGUACGAGUAUUCAGCCUUAUCGCUUCUUAUCGCAUGCAUUCAUAUUGAAGGACGGACGACUUCGGGGAGAGCCGAGGAAUCAUUCUAUAACUGGUGCCUACCCCUAGCCUCUACAUACCUUCUAGGUCUAUCAUCUCGUGGCUCAGUUUUUCAAUACUUCGAUUUGUCUUAUAACUGCGCACAUCACAAUAUCCAACAUUCACAUCAGACAUCUACUUUCAAAUCCCUGUAUUCUUUCCUCUUGCUUUGGCUCACGCAUUCACAAUAUCUCUCGAAUUCGAACAUACACCUUUGGAGCUUUCCUUUGCAAUGUCAAUAACCGCGGCAAGUUACGAGCGAAUAUCCACCAAAUACGAACCACCUUCGAAAGGGGUAGUUGAUAUAUGUUCCCAAAAGGGCUUUGUAUUGGACAACAACGGUAAUUCACGGUGUGUAAAAUCGAUCGUUGAGUUACCCGUUCAAUUACCACCUUCACCAGCCGAUAGUGACAUGAUGGAUCUUAGUCCACCAUCGUCGUCGACCUCUCCAAUCAUUCUGGAAGGUGAACGAAUUACUAGAGAUAUUUCACGCGGUACUCCUGGCGAUAUGCAGAAUUCGAAUGUGUCCAAAUCGCCAGAGCAAAAGCAGUUGGCAAUGAAGAGAAGUCAGUAUUACGGUGAUGCGUUUGCAUAUCGAGAACCGGCGGGGAGUGCGAGAGAAAGAGUGAGCAGGGAUAGCAUGGUUCUUUGUGAACUGGUAACAAAUGUGAUUAUGCGUGAAGAACACACCCUUCUCACAAGUCUCUCUAAUCUUCUUUCAACGCGCUACCAACGUCCUGAAUCCUCCAUUUUUGUCACUCUCAAACACUCGGCAUGCUUUAUCGUAGCGGGAACUUUCGAACCUGCAUAUAUUAUGACUAUAACUGGGCUUCCAUCACAAAUGCAACCAACUACCAACAAGAGAAAUGCAUCACUACUCCAGAAUUAUAUGGCCACUACUGAAUUAUAUGUUGAGCCAGAGCGUGGUAUUAUUAAAUUUGUGCCAUUGGCUGAGGAGAAUUUCGCAACAAACGGGAAGACUGUUGCUGGCGAGAUAGAAGAACUGGAACGAGAAGUUGCAAAUGAGGCCUCGGGAUUCCGCAACUUGCAUUCAUCGGGAAGUGUCAAGAGUAAGAAGAGACAGGCUGCAAAGUCCUCCAAGAGUCAAAAAUCCCGGAAUCUGCAAACUCGUGAAGAAUAUACCCCAUCUGUCAGUUCGAGGGCAACACCACCAUUACCGCCUAUGCAAAGUAAUGGCCAUGCACAGGAUACCAAGACGUUGAAUGUACAGAAGUUGGGGAGAAGAAAAAGUUUUAUGGCUGCAGUUUUUGGAACCAGGUCCAAGGCUUGAAGAUGGAGAGAUGGUAUACGUGAAAAGAUGGUUCAGAUGAAACAACAUGAAGGAUAUUUUAAGUUAAUGGGGAGUGUGGUCUAGCGACCCACAAAAGAAUAAAAGUGCUUGCAUUAUGGUUAUCUGUGUAGCGACGGAGUUUACAGGGAAUAUGAUACCUGCAAUACAUGCAUGGAUGGAAAAGAUCAAUACGAUCAAUGGGAUAGGAGAAUACUUUGUGAAAGGGUUAUUGGUUCACUGGUUGGAUACGGCGUCAUAUUAUAAGAAUGGCAAGGUGGUGGUCUUGAAGGAUGUUGCUGAAGGCUCUUCUCAUGCUGACUAUGGAAUCAAAUUACAAGAGGGUUUGCAUGGGGUGGGAGAAUGGAAAGGAAUGGAUAAUGUUAAUAGUAGGAUUUAAAAAGUAAACUACUCUUGGGUUUUGCUAUUAGGCCUGAUCAAGAGGCAGGAUAUUAAUACCAUCAAGAGUUCACUUGAAUGAUGAACAUAUCAGAAUGAAUUGUUGUUUGUGAAUACUGGU